AUGGCGGUUCGAUUUGCAAACGCAAUGGGUGCCAAUUACAAAGAGACACCGUCGCAUCCGCGCGUAGUCGCAUCGCUGCAGUUCCCAGCAUUUUCGGUCAUUAUAGCCCUUCGUAAUGUUACACCGAGAUCCCUUGAGGCGGGUUAUACUGAAUCAGAGACGGAUGCCAGCCUUCUCCGGAUUGCCUACUUGGUGACCGGGACCCGACCCGGGGGGGCACCUCUCUCCACCAUGAAAAAUGUAUCGUCAUUUAACUCAGGGAGAGACCGCGAAGAGAUCAAUAAACGCAAGCUAAAUGCGGAUUUACCACUCUUGAAGCGGGUUGUUCAAGAAUCCGUUUCUUACACCAGUGGACUAACCGCCGUGCUUCUCCAAAUCGCUCACCCCGGCAUUGCAAAAGGGGUUCGGAAACAUAGCAACUUCAGUACCCGCCUUCUAGAACGGACGCAGAAUACGGCCAUCUACAUAAAUGUCAUGGCAUUUGGCUCUGAGACAGAGAAAAUAGCUUUCCGUAACUUUGUCACCCUCGCACAUCGAAAAGUAAACGACAACCGGACAGAGAAUACCUACGACUCGAUGGAUCCACAGCUGCAACUUUGGGUCGCCGCAACGAUAUACAUGACCAUGCUGGGCAAGUACGAAGCCAUAAUCAGCCGUCUCUCUGAACUAGAGCGCGACCAAGUGUACCAGGAAUUUUCGACCUUUGGGACAGCGUUGCAAGUCCCACUGUCCCUGUGGCCAGAGAAUCGCACAGCUUUCCAGAGAUAUUGGGACAGACAGAUUGCAGACCUCCGGGUUCCUGACGACGCCCUCUAUGUUGCUCAAGACAUCUUUCAUCCCAAAUACGUCAAUAUUCCGCAUAUCCUCGCCAUAAUCCUCUUCUUCAGACACCCGCUUGAGAUGGCAAUAGCUACAGAGGAGCUUCCUGAACGUGUCCGGCAAGGCUAUGGCCUCAAGAGCACCUGGUGGUCAAGAAUCCGAUACGCAGCUCUCAUAGCUUUCUAUAAACUGACGUAUACGCUAUAUCCUGAAUCGGUCAGGACAUGGCAACGAGAUUACUAUUUAUGGAUGAUGAGGCAGCGAUUCGCCAAGAAAUGA